AUGGACUUCUUCAGGCCGGAGGCCUAUUUGUCUUUACCCACAAAGGACAUUCUGUCGUGGAUAUUCGACAAUCCUUCGUACGACCAAGAUAAGCCUAUUUACAUCAACCCACAUAAUCCGUCUGAAUCAAUUUCCUGCAAUCAGGCCCGGGUAUUGAUUAGGAAACUCAUCGCUGGCUUGAGAGCAAACGGAUUUAAGGAAGGCGAUUGUCUGAAUGUCCACUCGUUCAAUGAUAUCUACUAUCCAAUCAUCUUUCUUGCCGUGGUUGGUGCUGGAGGUGUCUUUGCAGGGACGAACCCUAGUUACACUCAAUUUGAGCUGUCACACCAUAUCAAAACGGCACGGGUGAGCUUUCUGAUUUCCGAGCCUGAAAUUUUGGAAAAUGCCCUCCUUGCGGCGCAGGACAACAAGCUAUGUCCCUCCAAAAUUUGGGUGUUUAAUACCAAUGGCAGACCUGUCCCUCCUGGGCGCAACUCGUGGAAAGACCUCUUGAAUUAUGGCGAAGACAACUGGGUACGUUUCGAUGAUUUGGAGAAAUGUAAAACUACGACCGCAGCCAGGCUAUUCAGCAGUGGAACUACAGGACUCCCAAAGGCUGCUGUGAUUAGCCAUUAUAAUCUAAUUGCCCAGCACGAACUAGUUUUUGGAGUUGUAAAACUGCCAUAUGAGAUUUCGCGCGUCAUGGCGGUGCCAAUGUUCCAUGCGUCAGCCGUCCCGUCAACCCACACUAGUGCUCUUAAAGCAGGACACGUCAUAUAUGUCAUGCGCCGUUUUGAUCUUGAAGGAUUUCUAAGGGUGUCACACAAGUACAAAAUCACAGAGGCCACGACAGUGCCGCCAAUGGCGGUUGCUAUUGUUAAGUCACCGCUGUCGAAACAGCCAUUCCUUAAAAAUAUCCGAAGCGGAGCGGUGGGUGCCGCUCCCCUUGAUAAAGGCGUUCAAGCAAAAUUUCGCAGUCUCCUCGGUGAUGGAGCGAGGUACAAUCAAGUAUGGGGAAUGACAGAAACGUCUUGCGUCGCGACUAGAUUUGUGUGGCCGGAAGAUGAUACGACUGGCUCUGUAGGGAGACCGAUUCCCUGCCUGGAGAUGAAGCUCAUAGAUGAUGCGGGUAAUAAUAUCUCCGCUUAUGAUACCCAUGGGGAGAUCUGCGUCCGAGGACCAACCGUCAUUUCAGGCUACUUUGAAAAUCCCGGCGCAAACGCUGAAUCUUUCGAUGCUGAUGGAUUUUUCAAAACUGGUGACAUUGGGUAUUGUGACGGCAAAACCAAAAAAUGGUACAUUGUUGACCGAAAGAAAGAGCUCAUCAAAGUUCGUGGGUUCCAGGUUGCGCCACCAGAGAUCGAAGCAGUUUUGCUUUCACACCCAUUGAUUAUGGAUGCCGCUGUUAUUGGUAUAACGCUUCCAGGAGAAGACAAUAUAGAGUAUCCUCGGGCAAUUGUGGUGAGACAGCCUGUGAAAGAAGCCGAGACUUUGACAGAGGAAGAAGUGAUCAAAUUUGCAACAGGAAAGCUAGCAAGAUAUAAGCAAAUAACUGGUGGGGUGAAAUUUGUGGACUCAAUCCCCAAAAAUCCCAGCGGGAAAAUCUUGAAAAGGCUUCUGAGGGAAGAAGCAAAGAAGGAUAUACAAAAAGGUAUAGUCAGUCCGAGAUUGUAA